CUAACCUCUGAUCCUUCCUGUCCCCGCAUUCGAAAGUCCUGGGAUGCACUCACCGCUGCCGAACAAGAUACGUUCAAGUCCGCGAUAGAGAUCGCCACGAAUCGUGGCCUGUACCAAAAGUUUGUCCUCAUUCACCAAGAGCAAAUGAGCAACCGCGAGGCGCACGGCUCAUGCGUGUUUCUGUUUUGGCAUCGCAAGUAUCUCCUCGGGUUUGAAAACAUGCUGCGCAGUCUCGGGGACCAAUACAAGUGCCUCACCCUUCCGUACUGGGACUACGUCCACAACUACGCGACUAUGCAAAACACUACCCAAGCCCAGCGAUGCACCUCGAUUGAAACCUGCGCCCCCGUCACGACUGGAUUGGGGGGCUCCACGCAAGGCUCAACUUCCAGCGCGUCCUUCUUUGGCUACACGUAUGCGAACAACCGCUGCGUCAACCAACGUCCUGUGAACCACAUGUGCACUAACCCUGUCUCUCUUUCUUGUCCGAAAUGCACCCCUCGCGGCAACUGGGCUAACACUGGCAUGAUUCCAGACAUGGGAAUUGCCAGCAUUCGCCAAAGCGUGCUGGGGGCCUCCGACAUCCGAACCGUGUCGCGCAACAUUGAAAACUCCCCCCACAACAUCCUCCACAACACGCUGGGCGGUCCGAUGGCCAACCCCCAGAUCUCCCCCAUGGACCCCAUUUUUUUCUUGCACCACAACACGAUCGACUUGCUGCAUACCAUCUUCUACCACUGCAAAGUCGAGCCGCUCAACUUGAACGACUUGGAGCAGCAAAACGACUUCCGGUCGUUCCAGGGCUGCUCCACCAGGAACGGCGAAACCAUCGGGCCGACGUCCUCCCUUCGCAUGAGACUGGUCGUUUUAGACCAAGCGAUUGAAGUGGCCAACGACCGGCUCGUUGGGUCGUUCUUCAAGGACUUGCCCACGCAGUACUACAAACUCACGGACGCCCGUCAAUUGGGCUACUCGUUUGAUAUUGUGGGAUUGCUGGGGGACUUGUACACCACAUGCGGAAGCAGUAGAGGCUCAAUUCGUCGCCUCAACAGCGAUCAAAAUGUGAGCCAUGCAAACGUGACCAUUGACCACGUCGUCGAGCCAGUCGUGCUGGAAGAAGACAAAAACGUGCUGGAGUUCGAAAAAGACGUCCUCGCCCAAGCCGAAAUCCAGGGACUGACCACGGACGAAGCGAACUUGGAGUUACAAAAGAUGAACUUGUUGCUGCAGGAGAAUUGCAUGCCGGGGCCCGUCGAGGACUUUACGCCAGAGUUCAAAGCCCAGUGGCACAUCACAGAAUCGUCCACGUCGUUUGCCCUGUUGCAGGACAUCAAAAGUGGGGCCAAUCCCGUCCGCAUCGAGAACUGGCAAGACAUCCUCGCCAAGCACUACCACUGCCGCGGCGAUGUCAAGGAAGUUGCUUAAAAUGAUGACCUAGGAAGGCAAUGAGAAUAACCUCAAUUUGAUUUUUGGACGAAUGUUUCGCUUGCGAUUGCUUAAUGAUGUAAUAAUGGUUCUACCCUGC